CUGUGUUUUAUUUAAAUCAGAUUUAACUUUGAAAGAAAUAGGCAGGAGUAACCAACUCUCCCCUUGGUUCUACCCUAGACAUCUACUUAGUGCAUGUUGAUAUUUCUUGUUGAAAGUCUUUGCAAUAUUACUGUGUGGAGAAUGUAGAUACGGGAUAAGAUUUAAUACUUUUCUGGUACAGUAACGUUGAGAGUAUGAAAAGAAGAGCUCAAUGGCAGCCAUACAAUGGCCAACGGAAGACGGGAGGACUGAAUCGAUGAGAUCUGAUGACAUAGGUGUGAUCCAAAGGGAUUGCAAAUUCUACACGCUGCCUUCUCGUACAGGACGCCAUUCGUCAGGGGACUCUUCUACAACUGGGUCUGAUAGCGUUCCAAAGAACAACAACAGCGCAACACAUUAUGGAACAUUGCAGCCAACGAAGAACAAAAUAGAGCCUACCUCCCGACACAGCUUCAGAUGCAGUGUCAAAAGAAAAUCUCUGAGACUCCUGAAGACGUUAAAACCAAGUCCCUUAAAGAUGAGCUCGAAUACGAAACGGAGGAAUUUGGAUAAUCUUGGGUUUUACGAGAUACCUAACAACUCCCAUGGGAACUGUUGUAUCAUUGACACUGAUGACAUCGACAAAGGUGAAGUAACUUUCUUCUCUUACAGUGAUGAUGGUUUGUCUUAUACCAAAGAGGAGGUGCCGAUAUGUAGUGCUGGUUGUAAAAAACACAAGAUUAGAUGGGACCUUGGCUUCAAGGACGACAUGGAUCGUCACGAUGAGGAGUACGACAGCGGAGGAGAGUUCAGUGAAUGCGAUGAGGAACAGGUAGAGGAAGUGCUUACUGAUUAUUCUAUGAAGGAAGCCCCUGUUCAUUUGAGCACUAAUGGUCAUCUUCCAGCAAACCAUUCCUUUGAAUUGAUGUCGAAUGAGGAUUUUACCUCCUCGUUUGCUUACUGCGAAACAGAGCACCUCAACACGAUAAGACGCAGUACCAUCAAGAGAAAACCGAACAAAUCGACUUCAUCUUCAACCAGUCUAAGUAGUAACAACAGCAGAAAGAGUAGAUUUGUCGCAAAUGUUAAUAGGAAAAUUGCAUCAAAGGCGUGGCCAUUGAGAUCUCUCUGGCAGUUUCUUACUCGAAAGAAGGACGACACAUACCGGAAUAGUUUGGAAGACUACGGUGAGACGAUUGAGUCAGCCAUGAAGUACAUCAGGAUUGCCUCGCAUUUUGACGAAGCUUCUAUAAGCCUUCGUCUAACUUUGCAGAUUGUAGAUGGGGCGUCAUCUCUGUUACGUGAAGUCCAAACUGAUUUAAUCUCAACGGCGUUGAAGGCGUUUUUCACGAUAGGUGACGACGACGUCGACGUUUCAUGGGUGAGUGAUGUCCCAAGAGAGAUCCAGCGUCAUGUCGCAGUCGGCGAUGCUCGCGUUCACUUUGCAGUACCCGACAUCAGGCAUUGUGUUGCGUGUCUUCUGGUUUCUCCCGAUGCUGCCACUUUACUUCGACGUCGAGAGAGUAUUCUUUUGACGAGUAUUGCAGAGGUGUUGGAGUGUCGAGAAGAGUGUGUAGUUGUCAUGCAAACCAAACCUAUUAAAUGGGAAUCUAACACGAAAUACAAAACAUCAAACGCUGUUUUGUCUUCUCCUUAUCUUCAUAGGUCAUCGUCGUCGUCGCCGUCGGGUGAUUUACGUGUAUGUAGCUCGUUAGAGUGGAUGACUUACAUUCCAUCUUUAUAUACAUGAAUGACAUAACUGUGUACGUGAAAUUCAUCUUGCCAAAGGUGUGCAGUGUCUAGUAUGAUCAGCGUCUUCCAGAACGUUUUACAUCGGACCUCAAUUUUUUUUUUAAAGACAUGUGACGCGAUUCGCUUCCAUUCGCGGUGUGCAAUGACGGAUGUAAAUUUUAUACUAAGCAAUUUUGUAAAUAUUGGAUUCCAGAUGCCACUUUUGCCACUUGAAAUCACAAGUUUGAUUUGCUUGGCAAUCGAUAUUAUAUAUUCAUGAUCAUAAAACAACCAGAAUAUUAGGAUAAGACAUAAUUCACCUUGUAAACAAAAACAUCAUGCCUAGAAAUGUAAGGAUAUAAUCGAUAUACGCUGAUUGAGAUAUUUUAUCUAAGACUACGUGAUUCAUAUUACGGAGAGACAUUUACAUAAUAAAACUUGAAUUAAUAAUGGUCAUAAUCUUGACUGAUUUGAUUCGAGUCAAAUACAAAUUAUGUGAAGGAUAUUGGAAUCAGGUUUAUAAAUUUGGACGAAAUCGGAUUCAUCUUUCUUUACAAGCCGGUGUCAUGUUUAUGUCUAACACUUAGUUUUAUCGUAUAGAUAUAUAUUCUGACCAAAGUACAAAAUAUAUUUUGAUAUUCAAACAAAUGAAAUGCUCUGAUGAACUGCUGACUUAAUAAUGAAUUUUAAGGUUUUAUAGUUCAUGGAUAGUUCAAUUGGGAAUGGUUUGAUUUAUCAUCAAAGUUCGUGACAGCAAUUAAAUUCUUUGCUCUUCAAAGUUUAGGAGAGAAACUUUAGGAUGUAACUGAUGCAUGACAUACGAACAACGAAAUAUAGGAAAAUGAUUUAGUUUUGUCUCUUACCUUUGAUGUCAAGGGCUAAAGAAGAUUUUUUUGAAGAGAAUUCCUUUUUUUUUCAUUCGGUAAAUUCAAAGAAGAGUCACUAUACUCUGUGAUAAAUAGAAAGAAUUUUGCCAUUGAAUCGUUAAAAAAGACACAAUGUAUAAUGCAGAAAAUACGAUUUUAAUUUGAUUAUGGACAAAAGUUGGUCUAUGCUAGCCUGAACCCGUAUGAAGUUUUUAAGAUUUGGUUGUUUAAUAUUCGACCUACUUGAUUGAACAUAAAAUGUAUCACUAUCUUUGUGUAAACCUGCAAAAUAAUGGCAAUUCGUUAUUAUUUCAUUGAACACAUCACUGUUCUAGUCGAUUUAAUUUUGGAGGAGGAUAAAUGGCAAUAAUUCAUUUAUUUAGUUUUUGUGCGCAUGUCUGCCUCCCUGCAUUGGCGCAGUAUUGAUGCUGGUUAUUAUGAUUAUCAUUUAAGCAAACAAUCUUUUUAUUCUAUAUCUGAUGUCUCAUUAUGAUCCGAUUUUCAAUAAUGAUAGAAACGAUUGUGACGAGAGUACACACUUUCGGAGUUUGGCUUACCUAAUACCUGAAAUUGUGAAAAAAUUGUAAUUAUCAAUCUCAAAGUAAUUGAAAGGAAAUAAGACCCAUAUCUCAGAAACUAAAAUAAAUUGCUGCCUAGAAGUUUAGUUAUGAAUAGAAUAGGACUUGUACUUUCAUUUCUGCAAAAUCUCAAAAUAUAUAUUUUUGGGGGUGACCAAAAUUGCCCGAUACGACGGUUGGGAUGAACGCCGACGAAUAUGUAUGUACCUUUACUUUGCCCGCGGGCGGAGGGGGGGGGGCUGUCUCGAUACUAAAGUGGCAUAGAAGAAUGGAGGCUCAAGCAGCUAGAGUACAUCGACAACUUAAAAAGUGGUCUCUAAAUGCAAUUAACUCUUCAUCCAAACCAAACCCAUUGGCUUUAUAAUGUUCUGUUCCAAAAUAGAGUAGGCCAAUAUGAGCCUGGGAGCCUGGGGACGGUUGCCAUGGGGGUAUAAGUGUUGUCUAAUUGAUUGUUUUCUGGAAGAAAAUAAUCCACAUGGAUCAGGGGAUGAGAAAACUACAUUUAACUCUUUGCUGACAUUUAUCCACUAUAGACUCGCUUUACAUGGUCUGAUCAUUGCUGAGAUUUAUCAAAUUCUGUCCAUGGAAUGCCUUUUCUUUUCGGAUGCACGCACCAUUUAAUCGGAUAGAAAUUCCACAAAAAGAAACAAACAACCUUGCUAACAUUGUUCCAAUGUCGAAUUGAAAUACGUGAACCAACCAUUGGUCUUAUAAAAGUUUAUGAUAAUGAUGACAAAGUAGGUAGUGGUGAGAAGUGGGAGGGGUGGGGAGGAGGGGUGCUUAACCCCCCCCCUCGAGAGUCCUUCGUUUCUUUGACAUGAUGUUGGGUUCUUGUGAGAUAAAUACAGACGGUCAUAAUAUGCAUAAUCAUAUCUUAUUGUGUGCUUGUGGGCAGACGUGUACACAAAGAUUGUUUGGAUCUUUUCAGUCGAUGUUUUUACCUUGUAUUGUGAAAAAUCAGUGGAACGAACAUGUAAUUGGGCAAUGUUUGAAAUUUAGGUGGGUUGUAUAGCAUUGAGAAUUAAUCGUCCGCAAUGCCUGUAGGUGUUGUGGGAACUUGCCAGAAAUAAUGUCUUUCAAAAGGUUUUGCCAACAUAUCCAAACAAUCAACCUGCUCUCUUAUUUGGAAGAGGAAACAAUGUUCCAGCAAUCGUGAUGUUAGGUGAAUACAAAAAAAAUCAUUCAAUAUGUGAAAAUAGAUAUAAUACCCAUAAACGUUUGUCUCGAACCUGUUGAUAUUCAAUAUUAUGCUGAAACUCCUUGUAAAGUUUCGAUGUGGCAGUGAUACGCCGAAGUUGUUUAAUGUCUAAAGUACCAGCUUUUGGGUGAGAAAUAAUGAUAAUAAUAUCAAUACACAAUGAUAAUACCAUAACCUCUUUUAUAUUUUGCUUUUAGUUAUCCAUUAUGAAAUCAAAGUACCCCAUAUGAGUUUCUCAUGAACUCUUGACAUGUAAUUAUUUUUUAAUGCAAGUUAAUUAUUCCAGAGUAUAUCUUAUUUAUAAUAAACUCAUGAGUCUCCUGACAUGGAUGUGAUGAAUCAUGCUACAAGAA